UUGUGUUUGAAUAAUAAAUAUUUACAAAAUGUUUCAAGAGUUGAGUGUUAAUGAGACAGCGUUUCUGAAGGACACGCUUUCUGCAGAUAUUGACCUUCGGUUAGAUGGUAGAAAUAAGUUUGAGUUCAGAGAUAUUGAAGUUAAAUAUGGAAACAGUACCAAUGGACUUGUUGUUCUAUCUCUUGGCAAGACUCAAGUGAUGGCAGCUAGCAGCAAGAGAAUUGUCCAACCACAGAAAAACAAGGAUUCUGAUGGCUUCUACAGGUUCAACAUCGACUUUAAACAUUUGCAACACUUCAACGAUAACAUGGAUGUGCUACAAGAAGCAAGACUUGAACUGAUGAGGUUAUUGGAUAAAGUAUUCAUAACUUCGAGGGCUAUUGAUACAACAAGUUUGUGAAUCUCUAAAGGGAAAUAUGUCUGGGCCAUUACUCUUGAAAUCUCUUUGAUCAACUAUGAUGGAAACUUAAUUGAUGCUGUAUUUUUGGCAGCCCUACAAUGUCUUAAGACUCUCAAAUUACCACAAGUGAGAGGAAAAGAAGACUCCGUCAAAAUUUUAGAGGAUAAGCCAUGGAAGAAUAUCAAUGUUCAUCAUAUGCCAAUUCCAAUCACUUUCUAUUUCAUUGAUAAUGAAAAUAAUGUGAUACUUGAUCCUGAUCUCAAGGAGGAGAAGGUGACUACAAGUCGAAAUACAAUAUUCAUCAAUGUAUUUGGAGAUAUUUGUGGAAUCCAUACACAGGGAGUUCUUUCUCUAUCUUUUCCCACUUAUCAAGAAUGUCUCAGUAUUGCAGAGAAAAAGGCUAAAGCUAUCACUCUGAUUAUGAGAGAGAAGUUGAAACACUCUGAAGAUUACAUGAUUGACAACCUUGCUUUGGAUCUUGGUGAAUUAGCAAUAGAUGAUGGUGAAGGCGAUGCUGAAGACGCUACUAAGCAAAAGAAGGAAUUCGUCAAAACUAUUAAAAAGAGUAUUAAGAAAGACUUUGAUAAUGAACAGCUAGACGACCAACUUGUUGUCGAUGCUCUGAAGAGGAAGAAGGUACCCAAACUUAGUGAAGACUCUUCUAAACGUGGAACAUAUCAAGUGAAAGGCAAGAGACAAUUUAAAGCUAAAGAAAAGAAUAUUGAGGAUGAGGAAGAUGAUGAAGAGGAAGAAACAGUCCAAAUGAAAUCAGAGUUUAAUUAGCCCUUCAAUCUGACUAAAA